AUGAAUCCAAGAAGUGACAAUAACAACUUUUUGACUAGCCCUCAUAUUUGUAGACCUGCCAUUCAAGAGCAAGGGAACACGAAGUAUGAAUUCACCAGCCCUCAAAUGGUUCAAAAUACUCUACCUACGCCUUAUACAUUGAAUCAAAACAAACUAGAUCAUAUGUCAUCCUUGGGAAGGGAACACUCUGAUGUAAAUGACUGUUCGCUUGUUGAAAACAGUAUGCUAAAUCACCAUAAUCAACAACGUCAUCAACGCCUCAGUAACAGAAGUAUCGUCGAUCCAAAUGUCAGCUCAAGUAUCAUGGAGGCAAAUAGCAGCCAAGUUUUGAACGAUAGUGACCAUUCUAUUAAUGGCAUGUUUCCAACAUCCGCAAGAAGCUCUACUUCUUCUCAGAAUAUUGGUAUGAUUUUGACAUCCAACCACAACACCUCUUCCUCUUCUGCCAUCGCCGGUGCUACAGCGUCUAUGGUUUCUCAUACUAGCUCUACUGCAAAAACAACUCUAACACCGCAAGAUGGUUCUGCACCAGCGUCUACAGCUGUAGGUUCUUCAUCUUCCGUUCCCUCUGCUGAUCCAAAUGCACAUCCAAUAGCUUCUCCAGUGUUACCAGAUAUAAAUGAGCAACCAUCCUCCGUUCUACAUUUUGGGAAUUUUGCAAAUGAGCUUUUGCUCGCUAGUCCUGAGCAAUUUAAAGAGUUUUUGAUGGAGUCACCAGCGGGUCUGAACUUCUGGCAACAAAGAAAUACGCCGGCGAAAACGCCAUUGAAAUUUGUUACAAAUAAUAACACCAUUCUAUCUCAGCAACCUCUUAAUAAUGGGUUUCCAAAUACUAUCACAUCACCAUUACAAAAUAUAGAUGUCAAUCUAAUGUUUAACUCUGGAUCAGCUUCUAAAAGUUCACUUUCUCCUCCACGAAAACAAAUGUCAUUGACACCUUAUGGCAGAAAAAUUUUGAAUGAGAUGGGUACUCCAUUUACAAAAAUGUUACAGCCAAUUUCAUCAAAUAAUAGUGCGUUGGUUGAUUUCCAUCGCGCACGUAAACAUAAUUUACAAUCGACACCUACAUCAAAACCAUCGUUGAGGAAUGAUAGCCCAGGUUCUAGGAUUUAUGGGUCAUCACCUACUACUAUUCAACUUCAUUCAUCCGGCGUCAAGUGUUCGCCAGGAAGAAAUUUAAAUAUCGAUGACAAACUAUUUCAUCUUCAAGGAUCACCAACACCAAAACUCUCCGUGAACAAAUCGGAUAAAUUACAGUUAGAUGGUGGACUUGAGCUGCCGAGAAUGGGUUCAUUUCGAGAAGGUUUGUUCGUUCCUUCGUUAAGUGCACCAGAUGGUAAACAUUCGUUAACUGGCAGUACGUCUCGUAGGAAUAGUUCUACUAUUACGUCCCAUGAAACGUCAUCUUUUACUUCGGAAAAAGUAAGAAAGCCAAAACUCAAUAGGAAAGGAAACAAAAACAAGUCGAAGACAAGCCAGAUUAUGACAAAGCAGCGUUUCCAAAUUAUAAUGACAGACACUACAAGCUUUAAUUCAGAUAAUGGAGUAUCAUCUAAUAAUUCUAACAAACUGAAAAGAUGCAACUCCGUAAUAGUAUCUGGAGAAAAUAAAAAGAAGAAAAAGAAGAAAUCUUCAUCAUUUACUAGUUGCAACACCUUACCUCACUCGCAGUAA